AUGUAUGACUUAACUAGCCCUCAUCACCUCUCUUCCGAUCCAACCUUAUCCCCUCCCUCACCACCCCCACCCCCCAGAGUUUAUCGACCUUGUGUCGUCUGCCUAGAUAAAUCAUCUGGCUAUCAUUAUGGAGUCAGUUCCUGUGAGGGCUGCAAGGGAUUUUUCCGUCGAAGUGUACAGAAGAAUAUGCAAUAUACGUGUCAUAAAGACAAGAAUUGUCCAAUCAACAAAGUGACGAGAAAUAGGUGUCAAUAUUGCCGGCUACAGAAAUGUUUUUCUGCGGGGAUGUCACGAGAAGCGGUGAGAAAUGACCGAAAUAAGAAACGUAAGAAGGCUGCUGAGAGCUCUAGUAGUAGUAGUAGUUCCACCACUAGUACCACGUCAGAGGAAUUAACAGAAGAGGAGAACAUGUUAUUACAGGACGUUCUGGAAGCUCACAGACUCACCUAUAAAAGUCCAGCAGAAAAUGGAAAAGAUAAAGAAAAUGAAACAGAGAAAAAUGGCAAUAAAUUAUGGGAUAAGAUCUCAUUAUUAUCAUCAGGGGGAAUUGUUAAAAUUGUGGACUUUGCUAAAAAGAUCAAUGGUUUCUCGUCAUUAUGUACUUCAGAUCAAAUUACUCUACUAAAAGCUGCUUGUUUAGAAAUUAUGAUAUUAAGAUUAAGUUUUCGAUAUGACCCAGAUUUAGAUUCUAUGGUAUUUUCAAAUAAAGUGUGUAUAAAUAGAGAACAGUUAGAAGAAGGUGGGUUCGGGGUACUGGCUGCUACCAUAUUUAAUUUUGCUGCCUCCUUAAAGUCUAUGAGUACUGAUGAAACAGAAUUUGCUGUAUUAUCUGCUGUUUGUUUAGUUAGUGGUGAUCGUUCUGGGUUAAAAGAAUCAGUUAAAAUAGAACAACUACAAGAACCUCUAUUAGAGGCCUUAAAACAUUAUGUCAGAUCUCGGCGAGAAGAACAGCCCCAUGUGUUUGCCAAAAUGUUAAUGAAAUUAACAGAUUUAAGGAGUAUAAGCGUUAAAGGAGCUGAACGUGUUCUUCAUCUACGUUUAGAAAAAAAUGGAGAGUUACCUCCCUUAGUGGUAGAAAUGUUAGACAGGACUGAAAAUGUUUGUAUACCAUAA